UCCACCCCCUAAGUUCAUGAGGGAGGUGCUUUAGAAAAUAUUAUGUGAUUUGUAUUGAAAUAAAUGAAAUAUUUUAAAUACUUAGAUAUAUAUGCAAGGGAAAGAAUUUAAAAUCUCCUUCUAUAUUUAUUAUGACGACACAAUUGUUUACUAAAAAUAUACACACAGGACAGUGCUGGCGUGGAGACAUUCAGGGACAUUUAGUUUUUUGAUUGCCUGCUGAAAAGAUGAGCUUGAAAUUCGCCGCAAAUCUCUCCUUUUUGUUCACAGAGUUGGCGGAUCUGGAGGCUAGGUAUUCUGCUGCAAAAGAAGCAGGAUUCGAGGCCGUAGAAGUAGCUUUUCCCUACACAUUGCCUUUGGUAGAUGUUCAAAGGGCUCUUGAAUCAAACCAACAACGGCAAGUCCUGCUCAAUAUUUUCCCAGGUGAUCUAUCUGCAGGUGAGCUGGGACAUGCAGCACUUCCUGGAAAAGAGAAAGAAUUCCAAGAUGCCCUCAAUCUGUCAAUCACUUACUGCAAGGCAUUGAAGUGUGACAGGUUACAUAUUAUGACUGGUAAAAUACCAGACCCCAGCCCAGAAGCAACAAAAGAAUGUCUCCUAAAGAAAAUGGAAGACACAUUCAUUGCUAAUCUAAAAUAUGCUGCUGAUAUUUUAAGCAAGGAAGGAAUUUUAGCACUUAUAGAACCUUUGAACAAGAAAACAGUACCAAAUUAUUUCUUGAACAGCCAGUAUCAAGCUGUUGAUAUGAUAAAGAAAGUUGGACAUCCAAACCUAAAAUUGCAGAUGGAUUUAUUUCAUGUUCAGCAACAGCACGGUAAUAUAACACACAUUAUUAAGGAGCUUUAUCCCUACAUUGGUCAUAUACAAGUAGCCCAGGUACCAGACCGAGGACAGCCAGACAGCCCUGGUGAACUCAACUAUAACUACAUAUUCCAACUUCUACAGGAGUUAGGUUACAAGGGUUGGAUUGGGUGUGAAUACAAACCUACAGGAAAAACUAAAGACAGUUUUGCCUGGUUGACACCUUGGAGGAAUAUGUGAUUUAUGGUAUCAAAUGAGGCAAUAUUUGAUAGAUUAUUAUGUCAUUAUCAACUGAAGCAAUAAAUGUUAAAUAUAUUCUCAAGCAAAGUAAAGAAUUUAUAUAAUAUAUUCUAUAUUUUAAUUUGAUUACGACUUUCAAAUGCAAAAAAUGACAUAGAUUAUGGGGUCCAGUGACCCCUUUAUCCCCUUGGAGGGUUAUCAGCAACCCUAGACCAUGCCUCUUUACAUUCUCAGUGGGGGGGGGGGGGACAUCAGGCUAACGAUUUAUAAUAGCACCAAUUCCAAAUUAAUAUGAUCAAAGGCACUGUCCCUUAUUACCGUUUUGCCUCCAGUAGUUGUUUUUUCUUACAACAUAACUGAAUAAAAUGUAAUUUAAUAAUAUUGAGAGCUGUCGAUUCAAUGUUAUUUUUUAAUGAUAACCCAAUUGAAUAUUUAUACAAACUUAUUAGAUGUUUGCUAAAGGGUUGUGUUGAUUCUUUUAUAUUAUUAUUAAACAUCUUCUUGAAGUUAAAG